UGAUCAAGAUCAAGUUAUUGAAGAAGUAGAAUGGAGGAACACUGAAGUUUGAUUUAAACACGAGCUAAAUCUGCAAGUCGAUUCAACCGGUAGAACAAACUGAAACAAGGAAACUCGCUGGAAGACCAGAUAGACAUGAGACUGAAGUGAAAUCUGCUGAAACAAAGAAAUGAAGUGUCUGCUGGUGGCCAGUGAAAGCGCAGAGGUUCUGUUCUACUGGGCCGACCGUGAAUUCGAGCAGAACAUUCAAGAUCAGUAUGGACCCAGGCAGUAUGAGGGAGACACAUACCCUGCAUUUGAAGACAGCUUCAACACCCUGUUCGCUCCUCUGAUCAUCUCCUGCAGCACCCUGAUUGAAAAGAUUAACGACACCUACACCUCCUUUGUCACAGAGAACACCCAUCUCUAUAUCCUCCACCAGUUUGGAGAAUGCCUGUACAUUGCUGUCAACGGGGAUGGAGAGGAGACUGAGGCAGACUUGAGGAGGAAGAUCUACGUGAUGAAGAAGCUGAUCGAGGUGCACUUCGGCAUGGUGACCCUCAACAGCGCCCUCCUGAGGAAGGAGCUCCGACCCCAGGACACAGAGCAGCGGAUUCAGCUCUGGAAGAUGCUGCAAAGCCUUCUGGAAACGUACAGUCUCCUGAGAGAACAGGACCAGAGCUUUCUAGUGGAGGCGGUGGAGCGGCUGAUCCACCCCACGCUGUGUGAGCAGUGCAUCGAGUUCCUGGAGCGGCGUGUGGUGCAGCAGAUCAACGGGAGCCCCGAGCGGGCUGGGGAAGAGGUGCUGCAUGCUUUCAUAUUGGUGAACACCAAGCUGCUCGCCUUCUACUCCAGCCGCAACGCCAGUUCGCUCAAGCCCUCUGACCUGCUGGCCUUGAUCCUCCUGGUACAGAACCUGUAUCCUAGCAACAAUGAGCUGGACGAUACAGCCCUCGAGCUGUCCACACAGCCUGUCUACAGCAGCAGCAGCAGCGGUGGCAGCAUCCCCAUUCAGAGGGCAGGAGGAAGAGGGGGCACUUCUACUAACACCACCAACUCACCCAGCACAACACAAGAGGGUCCAGAAGUGUUCUACACCCCAGAGCCGUCUCCCACAGGCAGGGAGUCAGAUGCAGCUGAGAUGGAAGGAAAGAGCACGCCUGUCUUUCAGUUUGUUGAUCCCGAUGUUCAGAUGGCAGAGGACAGCCUGAAGACCCAAGCGUCCCAGCCCCCUGACCCAGCGACCCCCCGCAGGGUCUUUCUGGAGGCCACGUUCAAGGAGGGUUACUGUCCCAUGAUGCCUCACUCCAUGUACUGCCUGCCCCUCUGGCCGGGCAUCUCAGUGGUGCUGUUGACCAAGAUCCCACACAGUCAGGUGGCCGUGUCUCUAUACCAGUUUCUCGAGGCGUUCACUGUGCUGGAGAAGAAGCUGAGUGAGGGACAGGAGGGGGGUUCGCUCCCCCGCAUGCAGCCCCCCCUCUCUGAGCUCCGUAACAAGCUGGACAAGUUCAUUCGGGCCCUGGGCAGCAAUGAGAUACAGUUUCCUCAGCUGCAGAACACCUGGACUGACUUCAAGAACAAGGCAUUUUCCAGAGCAGCGCAGGGAACCUCCAGAGAGCUGCUGAUGUCCUGCCGUGCAAUGAAGACUUGGUUGUGUGCUGUCUACAGGCACUACUUCGUUGUGCAGAGUCACAGGAGCCCUCAACGCCUCUCAGUGAGCCUGCAGGAGAAGGCCCUCGCCAUGAUGCAGGAAAAGCUUAUGGAUUGGAAGGACUUCCUAUUGGUGAAGAGCAAAAGGAACAUCACCAUGGUGUCCUACCUGGAGGACUUCCCAGGACUGGUCCACUUUAUCUACGUGGAUCGCACGGCAGGGCAGAUGAUUGCCCCCUCCCUCAAUGUGACGGACCUCUCUACCACAGAGUUGGGCAAGGGGCCGCUCGCUCACUUCAUUAAGAGCAAGGUGUGGUCUCUGGUUGGAACAGCACGGCGCUACCUACAGAAAGGGUACACUACAGUGACCCUGAGAGAUGGCGAUUAUUACUUCUGCUACUUCCUGUGGUUUGAGAGUGAAACGGGAUACAAGUUAGAGGGGAUUGAGCUGCCUGUCCUGUCUGAGGACUCUGCCCCGAUAGGGAUGCUCGCUGGUGACUAUUACAGGAAGCUUCUGAGGUACUACAGCAAGGACCAUCACACUGAGAUCGUGAAAUGUUAUGAGUUGCUGACCAUCCACCUCGGGGUGAUUCCCACUGACUGCAUCGUCCAGCACUGCUGUGAGCUGGCCAAGAAGCUAUGGGAGCCCACGAGAAUCCCCCUGCUGUAGAAGUGUUCUCCA